GAAAGUAAACAAAUACGAAACUUCACUGUCUGACGGUUAACACUGAUCGUCGGGAUCAGAACCACUGAGGAGACAAGCUUCAGGGCACACCUGCGAGGACUUAGCUUGACUUUAGGUUAGUUGAGGGAGGUCGACUCACCCUCAGAUUGGCACUGUUUCUUCUGGUUGGGUCCUGGAUUGAAUAAAAAGAACAAAGCUAGUUGGACACCAGCAUCCACUGGCUCUGGUUCUUGGGGUGUCUUGUGACCCUGCCUCCAUCACCUGCUGUGACUUCUCCACGAUGGACUGCACCCUUGAACCGUGAGCCAGAACAAACCUGUUCUCCCUGAAGUUGCCUCUGUCAGGGUAUUUCCUCACAGCCACAGGAAGAGACUGAGGCAAUUGGAACUGGUCCUUUGAAAAUUCAGCCAUCACAGUACAAUUAAUAACCACAGGACAGUCUGACCAACUGCACUGGAUUUAUUUCCUACAGAAGUCUUGUGAGGCUCCUGCACAGAUAGAGCGAUGAUUGUACGGAGAGUAGUAUUGAACUCCCGACCUGGGAAAAAUGGAAAUCCAGUGGCAGAGAACUUCAGAAUGGAAGAAGUCAGGUUAGCAGAUAAUAUCAGUGAAGGACAAGUUCAGGUUAGAACUCUCUACCUCUCUGUGGAUCCUUACAUGCGCUGUAAGAUGAACGAGGACACCGGCACUGAUUACUUAGCACCCUGGCAGCUGUCUCAGGUGGUUGACGGUGGCGGUAUUGGAGUUGUGGAAGAGAGCAAGCACAUACAUUUGGCUAAAGGCGAUUUUGUGACUUCUUUUUAUUGGCCCUGGCAAACCAAAGCCAUUCUAGAUGGGAAUGGCCUUGAAAAGGUAGACCCACAACUUGUGGAUGGACAUCUUUCAUAUUUUCUUGGAGCUAUAGGUAUGCCUGGUCUGACUUCCUUGAUUGGGGUACAGGAGAAAGGUCACAUAUCUGCUGGAUCCAAUCAGACAAUGGUUGUCAGUGGAGCAGCGGGUGCCUGUGGAUCUUUGGCUGGGCAGAUUGGCCACCUGCUUGGCUGUUCCAGAGUGGUGGGAAUUUGUGGAACGCAUGAGAAAUGCCUCUUUUUGACUUCAGAACUGGGGUUUGAUGCUGCAAUUAACUAUAAAAAUGGGAAUGUGGUGGCACAGCUCCAAGAAUCGUGCCCAACUGGAGUGGAUGUCUACUUUGACAAUGUUGGUGGUGACAUCAGUGAUACGGUGAUAAGUCAGAUGAAUCGGAACAGCCACAUCAUCCUGUGUGGUCAAAUUUCUCAGUACAAUAAGGAUGUGCCUUACCCUCCUCCACUGUCCCCUGCUGCAGAAGCAAUCCAGAAGGAAAGAAACAUCACAAGAGAGAGAUUUACCGUGCUAAACUAUAAAGAUAAGUUUCAGCCUGGACUUCUCCAGCUGAGUCAGUGGUUUAAAGAAGGAAAGCUAAAGAUCAAAGAGACUGUGAUAAAUGGACUGGAAAACAUGGGAGUUGCGUUCCAGUCCAUGAUGACCGGAGGCAACAUCGGGAAGCAGAUCGUCUGCAUUUCAGAAGCAUCUUCUCUGUAGUCUGCGCAUCUUCAUCAAGGAAGCCCUACGUUUCCUACUGUGCACUAAGAUUCUUAAGACACAUUUAAAAAAUAAUCUUACAGUACAGACUUAAGUGUAAUUGUAAUAUUUUUAGUUACAUAACCUUAUUUUCAAUAUCAUAUAUUAACUAUAUAUCUAACAUGUGAGUGUUAACCAUAAUACAAUGGUUCUCAACCUGUGGGUUGUGACCCCUUUGGAGUCACUACCAGAUAUCCUGCAUAAUGGAUAUUUAACAUUACAAUUCAUAACAGUAGCAAAAUUAGUUAUGAAGUUGCAAUGAAAUAAUUUUAUGGUUGUGGUCCCCACAACGUGAGGAACUGUGUUAAAGGUUGCAGCAUCAGGAAGGGUGAGAAGCACUGCCACAAUAGGUUUGGUAUCAUCUGUUCUUCUCUAUUUUAUUUUCGAGACAGGGUCUCCAAUACAAAGUCCACAUUGGCCUCGUACUUGUGAUUCUUGUGGCUUGUCUCCUGAGUGCUGGGA